AUGGCGAGUAAUACAAGCACAGGUUCUCGUUUCACGGACAUUGAAAUUGUUACGACACGUCUUCCAGCGUGCUACGGUUAUUUAACGGCGAAACUAGUUUCCCUUGAGGAAGCUGUUGAACCAAUUUGUCUGCUCAAUGUCAUACCGGAACUCGAACGUUUCGUUAAAUUGGCCAAGAAACACUGUCCGUUUCCGAACGAUGAUAAACUGACGAAAGAUGAAGCGGCCGCUUUCUACCUUUACACGAUGGAAAUGUCGGCCGACACGAGUUUCUACCGUCUCCUUAACCAAGUACUAAGAGACGACGACCGUACAAAAGUGAAACCAUUCUUCUCCUACCUCAAACUGCUCGACGUGGCUGCCAAUAAACUUCCGUCUUUGAAACGGACGGUGUGGCGCGGUAUCAACAGGGACGUGAGUGACUCCUUCAAAAAAGAUCAGAUCGUCACGUGGUGGAGUGUAACGUCGUGUUCAGCGUCAGUCAACGUCAUCGAAUCGUUUCUCGACUCCUCACACUUGUCGUCGUCGUCGUCUCAGAGCACUCUGUUCAACAUUCAAUGUCUCCACGGCAAGUCAAUUUCAUCGUACACGUGUUUUCCCAACGAAGAUGAAAUUCUCCUCAUGCCCGGCACUCAUAUGCGAGUCGUCAGUAAACCGCUGUAUCAUCACGGAGGACUGCAUAUUGUUCAUCUCGAAGAAGUUGGCGACGACGACGACCACGAAGGAAAAGAAGCAGCAAAGAAGCUGAGUAGUAUGAAAGAAGAAGGUGCUAGUAAAGCUUCUGCUACUACGAAGAAAUUCGUUGAAAGCGGCGUUGGAAGACCGUUAUUGCAACAUCGGAAUAAAGAACUAGAGGAGUACAUAGAUGAACGUAGAACAUCGGUUGAAUUUGCAUGGAUAGGGAAACAACUAACAGAUGAUGACAUGAAAAUAGUUUGCGAACAAUUAAAAGUGAACGAAAACUGGAAGAAGUUGGGUUUCGACGGGACUAAAAUAAGUGAAACAUCAAUAGAAUACUUGUGUAAUACAUUGAAAUCAAAUUCGAAAAGUGUCGCAGAGCUUUGGUUACGAGCUUGUUGUUUAUCGGCAAGAAGUGUGAAGGUGGUCAUCAAGCUGUUAGAAAGUGAUACAAAGAUCGAGGCAGUUAACUUGGGUUACAAUGAUAUUGACGAUGUGGCGGCGACAUACAUUGCCAAUAUGCUUGCAACAAAUAAAACUUUACAAUGUCUUCUCCUGGAUAACAAUAAAAUAAGUGACGAUGGCAUGGAGUUGUUAGUGAAUGCAUUGAAACAAAAUGCAACACUGGCUUUCUUUCAUGUUCAUAAUAAUCAAAUUACCAGUAGGAGUGUGCGAACCAUCGUUGAACUCGUUAAUGUCAAUCGCACAUUACAAACACUCGAUCUCACAUCAAAUCAACUAUCAGAAAAAGAUAAAAAACAGAUUAAACAGCUUGCCGAAGGUAAAAUAAAUGAUCUUCGGCUCUGA